AUGCAAAGCUAUUCCCCCGCAGGAUCCCCUUUGAACUCUGCGCGUCCGGCGUCCACACCGAGAAGGCGGGAGAAUGACUUUCGACGGGUACAUUCAUCCAGAUCUAUUACCACCACGCAUCACCGCUCGAUAGUGGAACUUUCACAGGGGCAAGGAAAUGCUAUGAGGGUGUAUGUGCGUGUAAGACCAUUUAGUGAACGGGAGUUGUCGUUGAGCAUGCCACAUCACAGCACGGUACGUAUUGAUGUGGAAAACCCAUGCCUGAUUACGUUGUUGGAUCCUCAGAAGGAUUUUCGGCCUCGCGAAACAUUUAGUUUUACUCGUUGUUUCUGGUCUGUUUUGGAGCAGGGUAGCAAUGAUAUGUGCCGUGGAAGGACUGCUGGGGAAAUCCGUGGAUCGAUUGAUAUGUUUAUCAACAACAAUGCAUCCUCCGCACGAGGCAAUCGGAGCCGAUGCUUGAAUACAAGCCUCUCCAACACCAGCGUUUUAUCUGCGCGUGGGCGAGCGGCUGCUGAGAAUUCAGUCUCGUUUGAGGGUGCAGGAUCAAAUGCGGCGAUUGUUGCGGGGUCGGUGGUUACCCAUCCACCCUACAGCUCUCAGCAGGAUAUUUACAAUGAGGUUGGACGCCCCAUAUUAGAGAACACCUUGGAAGGGUACAAUGGGUGUGUCUUUGCGUACGGACAGACUGGCAGUGGGAAAACUUUUUCCAUGUUUGGUUAUGCCCCAAAGAGUACUGAUUUUCAUUCGGCCUUUAAGCACCAGCAUGUGGCGUUUGAAGAUUAUGAAGAAGAUGAUUGCGAAGUCUCUAAGCCGUCUAUUAGUUUUACCUCACCCGCACGUUUUAGCCGUGCAUCUCUACUGAGCAGUCAGAACAGUCUAAAGGAUGGUUUUGCCCCGCAAUUGGGUACACAAGGAAAUAUGGAUCGCCCGGCGGUAGACAUUGUCGACCAUACAGGAAUGGACCCUAAUGAACUGCAAGGAAUUAUUCCCCGCAUCAGUGCCGACCUUUUUAGUGGAUUGCGCGAAAAGCGGGAUACGGACCCCUCACACUCCUACCGCGUCGAGGUGGAGUACUAUGAGAUUUACAAUGAAAAGGUGUAUGAUUUAAUUCGUCCCCAAAAAGAUGCCGAUUUAAGGAUUCGCCACAACCCCGUCAGUGGACCGUACGUGGAGGGACUCACUUCCAAAGUGGUUGCCAACGAGGAAGAAGUUGCGAGAGUAAUUCGCAAGGGGAGCGUUGAGAGACACACCGCAGCCACAAAAGUCAAUGACCGCAGCAGUCGCAGCCACGCCAUUAUUACAUUGAAUAUCAUGCAGCUAAUCCUUGACAAGAGCGAUAACACUUGCAAGAAACAGAGUAAGUUGAAUCUUGUCGAUCUUGCAGGCUCGGAGCGCACAGGUGCUGUUGGGGCGGAGGGAAAACAGUUUCUGGAAGGGACCAAAAUUAAUCUUUCUCUCACCACCUUGGGCCGAGUCAUCGACUGCCUGGCCGAUCUCGCGCAGUCCAAGUCACUUUCCGUGCCCGUGCCAUAUCGUGACUCCAACCUCACGUGGCUUCUAAUGGACUCGCUUGGGGGAAACAGCAAGACGUCGAUGUUGGCCACCAUCUCCCCCCACAGUGUAAACUUCGAUGAGAUGCGACAGACUAUACGCUACGCGUCACGUGCAAGGCAAAUUGUGAAUAAAGCAGUUAUUAAUGAGGAUCCACAGGUGCGUCAAAUCCGCCUUUUGACAGCCGAAUUAGAUCGCCUCAAGAAAGUUAUUCGCGAUGCCGGGCAUAACGAAUUUAGCCGUGACUACGUUUUGGAAUUGCAGCGUCGUAAUAACUUUUUGGAGAAACGCUGUCAGGAACAGGAGAUGCUCAUUGUGGAGCUUCAGGCUGAAUUAGAAGGACGUGUAAUGAAUAAUCGGACGGAAGAUUCACGUGCAAUUUCUGCUAGACGAGCACGCCCUGGUCACUUGCCGGAAACGAGUGCACGACAGCGCCGGGACUCUGUUGAGGAAGAGAAAAACCCAACGCUCCUCAAGGCGCGGCUUGUCGAAGCCAAAACAGAGAAUGAAGUGCUUCGUCGCCAAAUUGCCGAGGAGGAAAGAAAUAAACGACCCGAUGCCUCCAACAGCACCGAACAAGUUGCGGAGCUGAAUAUCCGUGUGCAAAAUCUGAAGAGGGAGGUAGACAAAAUGCGGAAAUACGAUGCGAAGAAGGAACAGUACAUGCAGCGGUAUUCCUUCUUUUAUGUGGACAUGGCGUCGGAUAUUUUGCACAGGAUAAUGCUGCAGAAAGAGGAGGAGUUUGUGAGACAGGUGGCGCAUCUCUUCAUUUCCCAAAACGGUGAGGUGGGCGAUGGUAUUCGCCGCCUUAAUAAAGCUCAUCGUGAGGAAAUGGAGCAGAUGCGCAAACGUCACGUGGAAGAAAUGGAGGAGUUACAUAAAUUAUCCUCUGCUCGACUGAAGGAGUCCAUUGAGAAGAGCAAUGAAUUGUACCAGCAACUCAUUGACAAGCACGUAGACAAGUUGAACUACGUGGAGGAACGGAUGACGAAGAACAAGGAGUUUUACGAGGCAGAACUGAAGCGACUUGGGGAGGAGAAUGAAAAGACGCGUGUGAGAUACGAAGAGCAGCUGGACAGGGCGCGUACCCAACACCAAAAGGAAACACGAAAGUUACGUGAACAGUUGAGUUCCGGCGCGUCGGAUCGUCAACGCUCAGGAGAAGCCGUCAAACGUUUACAGGAAGAGCAUGAGAAGGAGAUGAACCGUCGACAGGAAGAAAUGGACCGCUACCGUCAGGACAAGGAGCAGGAGAUUUCUCGGCUAAAGAAACAAGUUGACAAUGAAAAACUGCGGCACGAAAGUGACAUGCUUGAGAAGGAGCGUCAACGGCGUUCUUUGGAGCGUGAAGUGAAUGAGUUGCGGCGGGAGUUGCUUAAAGCACAGACAGAGCGAAAUCGCAUGGAGCAACAGCACCACACGGAGCUUCAAAAUCUUUCGCAGCAGCAGGAACGUCUCGUUCAUGUCAGUAACGGUCUGCUUUCCGACUGGGAUAACCGUUCCUCGGCGAUGGAUGCCUCUUUCACUCAGCUGCGAGCCCUGCUGCAGACUCAGGACUACCUGAACUUCCGAGCCCGUCUUCGCGACGCAACGCUUGAGCGGAAGGACUACACGGCAGAGCUUGAGGCCGUGGAGGAGCGAAAGCGGCGCGACACACAGCGACUCCGAGAGAUUGUGCAACAGCUGAGACAGAACCAAGAAGACAGCAAGGCAAGCAUCCAGCGUUUUGAGGAGGACAUUAUGAAGCAUCUUGCCCGUUCCAACAAGGCACGCCACAGUGGCAAUAGCAGCAAUAAAGACAGUCACGAAAACGGAAAUGGUGACAGCAAUACUAAUGCUGGUACGAAAAAUACUGACGGCAACGGCAAAAGCGGGGCCAACAAGUCGCCCACUUCUGUUCCCCCUGCACGUGCAGAGAAAAAAGAACCGUCCGUUAAGGCACGGGGUGGAACGUCAAAAUAG